AAAAGUUGAUAACUGAUGAUUACCGAAAGAAAAGUUUUUUCGUCUAAAUUUCAUUUAGCAUUCAAUAGAAACAUACAAGAUGGAAUACAAAAGCCGACGUAAUAAUAACACACACAAAAUCUGUAGAAACAAAGUUUAAAAAGGGGGACUUAAAACCAGCAAAAACCUGAAGAAAAUAUACUAUUAUCUAAAGAGAGAACUAAUCUAAAACUAGAACUCAUGAACUAAUCAUUAUUCACAAUCUUUCCAUAAAAACAAGUGGCCCUGGAAUUGAACUAAAAACUAAAUGACAUGACAUGAAUGAACUACUCCAAGCCAAAUUAGAAUAAGCAACAACAGAAACGAAAAUCAAGCUAAAAGACAAGACUCAAACAAUAUAAGAUUGAAAACAAAGUCAGAAUCAAAACAUCUCUCUACAGUAUUUGGUUGUUGAUGGCCAUCUCUGUUUUAUCUAGUAAACAUGGGCCUAUCAUCAGCCCAUAAAAGCCCAACACUUAUCCGAAGUGUGACAAAAGCCUGCCUACUCCACCUGCUUCCGUAACAAACUCUUCGCAUCGAUGGCGAAGCGACGAUGGUGAACUCGUAUGCACCUCUCCGUUUCACCAUCCUCAUCUCCUUCUCCCUCGCAGCCGCCACUUCCUUCAAACUCUCCGCCUCCCACUCUCCCUCCUCGCUUCCCAAAGCCACCGCCGACGAUCUCCUCGCCGUUUUAGCACCACCUUCCUCCGCCGCGUACACCGUCAACCCCGCCGUCUCUCGAGAGCUCCGCUCGUGCCUCAGAUUCCUCGUCCCCUUCCAACCGCGCAAACCUAUACCUGAUUCGGGACGAUGCUCGCUUCGCACUGGACUCUGCUCAGGGAGGAGGUUCGAAGAGGAGGAGGAGGAUGAGAAUUCUCUCGUCUGGCGGCCACCGGAGGCGGUUCUCGAGCUUGCUCGUCUCGCUGUUGAUUCCGGCGGUGAUCCCGGUUCAAUUCACCGAGCACUCGAUCCCACUACGAUCCCGGUUCCUCCUACUAAUGUGGAAGGAUCAAGAACGAGCAAGUGUCAACUCACGAGAACUCCUUAUGGCCGUCACUUUAUUGCUCAAGAAGUGAACUCGUAUUUUGAGUUCUUGUUUCGUCUGAUUGAAUCUAGGGGACCGAGUGUAGGACUCAAUGUUUCGUUGAGUCGAUAUGAUUUGUUCCAUGGUCAUCUGUUUAUUGCUUCAGAAUCUGGACGCCUUGGAAUAUUGUUUCAUGCUAAAGAGUAUCCGGCUUAUGACAAGAGAUUGUUUCCUUACAACAUGGGAUAUUGCCAGAGAGGAUCUGAUGUGAAGUAUGGUGAUUCCAUCAACUUAAGAAACAUCCUUUGGCUUGCACCAUUACCAAGCAAAUCUGGUCCAGGUUGGCUUGCUCCAGGUGUACUUGUGGUGCUUGAUGCGCAUCCAGAUGGAAUCAUAUACCGAGAUCUCAUCCCUAACUACGUCAAGUUUGUAAGAACCAUGUAUGAAGAUGAUCUAGGAACUAGUACAGUUGAUGUCAAUUACUUGAAUGUGGGAGGAGCUGGAGAACCUGAUUAUCAGCUUUUCAUUUGCUGAAAUCAUUCACACGUUACAAGUCUGUACAUGAUUGAAACUGUGCUCAAGAUUUAGUUACUGGAGAUGUUGGAGGUUCAAGAACGUGGGAGCUGGAUGCUAAUUUAGAGCAGGUGUAGAAGCAAUGUGAACAAGUUAAUGUAUCAAGUGAAAUUACUUAUUAACUUAAUUGAUAAAGGUAUACUCAAGGAUAAUUAAUUGCUCAAGCAUCAUUAA